GGGAGCACCUCGUGGUGGAAGCCGCCAGCGGCGCUUGCUUCCCUGCCUUGGCCCGAACAAAGACAACAAGAGGCUCAGAGGGAGAGAGAGAGGAGGGCAACUCCAGAGAGGAGCCACGCCACUCAGCCCACGGGGCCCCUGCCACGACUUUCCCUCUCCCUCCGAGUUACUUUCUACUCACUCAUUCACCUUCCUGCCUCCUCUCCCUCCUCUGAGUUACUUUCUACUCAUUCACCCUCCUUGCCUCCUUCCAAGUUACUUUAUACCUACCUUCCAAGCUACUAUCUACCUUCCUUCCUUCCAAGUUACUUCCUUCUACUCUCUUUUCUUCCUUCCAAGUUACUUUCUACCCCUCCACACACACUUCCCUCCCUCCAAGUUACUUUCUACUCAGCUUCCUUCCUACUUUCUCUCCUCCACCACUUUUCCUCCCUGCCUUGCUUGUCCCUUCGUGCCCCUUCCCCUUCCCUUCCCCAACCGCCUUGGGGUUAAAAAAGCCAAGGGCUGCCAAGAUUGGGCAGAAGGAGCCCCCGGCCUCCAAGAUGAAAACUCCGAAGAGUGCUGUAUCAGGCAGUGAAACUGAAGAUGAUGACAAUAUGGAAGUCCCUCUGGAUCUUUCAUCUUCUGCCAGUUCAAUAAAGAGGAGGAGGCGGGGUAACCUGCCCAAGGAAUCAGUGCAGAUACUUCGUGACUGGCUAUAUGAACACCGCUACAAUGCUUAUCCUUCAGAGCAAGAAAAAGCACUACUGUCAAAACAGACACACCUCUCUACACUACAGGUCUGCAACUGGUUUAUCAAUGCACGGCGCAGACUUUUGCCUGACAUGCUGAGGAAGGAUGGGAAAGACCCCAACCAAUUCACUAUCUCGCGACGAGGGGCCAAGAUGGCUGAGGGCAGCCUGGAAUUCUCCAUUGGCACAAAACACUGCAUUCCCCUGAUUGAGAGCUCCUUCCUUUCCGAGAACACAGGACCAAACAAGAUUUGUAAGCCUCCUUCCCCAGGAUCUGUUUUGGCUCGACCAUCAGUAAUUUGCCACACCACAGUAACUGCAUUGAAAGAUACUCCUUUCCAUUUUGAUCAGUCCGGCAGUGCAAGCCAAACCCCAGAUGACUUGCAGCGGGCCUCUCCUACCAAUUUUACAGACAACACUCUUCUGUACCAGGAAGAUAUGUCAAAGUUGGGACCAAGUACAAAUGCACAGAGUGGGCUUUUCAACACUCCCCCUCCUACUCCUCCAGACCUCAACCAGGAUUUUAGUGGGUUUCAGCUCCUGGUGGAUGUUGCACUCAAACGGGCAGCAGAGAUGGAACUGCAGGCAAAACGCUUGGCAUAAAUAGUUCUUCAUAUUUUUCUUCUUUCAUGGCAGAGAUGUCAUAGAAAUAUAUGGCAAUUGUCUAUGCGAUAUUAAAGACUUAAAUGCAUUUGAAUCUUAUUUGCACAAGGGAUUGCUGGACUUAAGCUUCCUCACACUGAAAUGGUUUUCAGUGGAACACGGUCAUUCCAACUUUAAAGCUACUGUAGAAACGAGAAGUUGCUUUUUUAAAAUUAAUGAAUAAAUGUUUCUUAGUAUGGUUUUGUUUCAAAAUGUGAGAUGUUUCCCCAAAUUAUGUGAUUUUCUUUUGUUUUUGUUACUGUUUUUAUUGUUGUUAUUUCAGACUGUGCAAUAUUUAGUAACAUGAUUAGUCUUUACAUCAUUCCCAUGUGGAAGAAAAUAUACCAACAGGCUGUCUUAAAAAAAAACAACUUCAGAUUUUAAAACAAGUUUGAAUUUGGAUGAUUAUACUUUUUUCAUGAUGCAAUAAAAUAUUUUCUUU